CGGCAAUAUUGUUUUGUUUUUAUUUUUACUUUUUAGCUAUAUCUUUGAACUGCUUUGAACGAACGUGGCCAUUCUUUCAUCAUGUGGUCCAACAGAAAGGAAAAUUUUUCAUUGUUGAGUUUUUAUUGAAAAUGAUAAUGUCGCUUCGCCAAACAUGCAGCAAGACUUUGAAGGUUUAAUUUUGCACGAAAAUCCUCACUUGAUUGAUCAAUGUUGCGAGUUGAUCAAUUCAGAGUGGCCACGGAGUCAUACUGCUAGGAGACGUAACUUGGAGUGCUCGUGUGACAAUUUGCCAACAUGUUUAAUUCUAGUCCAGAAAAACAUAAAAAAUCCCCGCGUCGUUGGCCACAGCAAGAUCUCUCGCAUCCCUUCCAUUCAACACGGUGCCUUUAUUGAGUCAGUCGUCAUAGACAAAAAUAUGAGAGGUAAAGGACUAGGGAGAAUUUUAAUGCAUCAAACUGAAGAUUAUAUGAAAAGCAUCGGCCUUAAAGAAGCUUACUUAUCAACUUAUGAUCAGCAAGGUUUCUACACAAAACUGGGCUACAGUUUCUGUGAACGCGUCUGUAUUUAUGGCUCGUCAAUAUCUCUCCGACCACCCUUAACUGAUAAGGUGCCAUCAAUCGAAGAAAAACGCGUUAAAAGUAUGGAAAGUCAAAAUUGUACUCUUUCCCUCUUUGUGCCACCACCUCCUCCUCCACUACCUGUACUUUUUAAUGCUUCCAAAGUUCCUAAUUCUUCCAUUAAUGUUCCUCAAACAAUUAUUGCUAAUGGGCAUCCCAAGAAAGACUUUAUGAAAAAAUACUUACAUUAACUAGUGACUUAUAUACACUCUUUCCUGUUACAUUAUUAUUAAUAAAGACCACUUUUGGGGUAAACACUCUUUAUUUGCAAAAAAUACUACCUCUAUAAAUUAACUUGAUAAAGACAAUCAUUAGCUUUUUCACAUAGUUAAAUGCAUUCAUGAGGAAAUGCCACAAAUCGUGCGGUAGUGCUCGGGUGAAGAAAUGCUCUUGACGAGAAAAUGCGCCAAAUCGUAAACUGACACUCGUCGUCCUCUAAACUUGGUGCUGUUUUCCUCCUCAUGACUCACCUAGGGGUUGAGCAAACACAUUGGUACUCAACAAAAUUAAAAGCAAGUAGUUAUACUCUACCUCAUAUUUUCCAUCAGUGCCAGGCUGAUCAGCAAUGUGUGGGGGGUAGAUGGCAAUCCAAUCUAGUCCGCUUUUUCUCAACACCUGGUCCAUUCUUUUGUGGUCCUCCGUCAAUGCUUUGAACUGAGGUGGCAACUGCUCGAUUGGGAAAAACAGGAAAGCUGAAAGAAUUGGAUUAUUAACACACGAGUUUCAGUUUGUUGCGAAAAACCAACCUGAGAGGCACACUGAUACGGGCUUCACACCAUGCUCAAUCAUAGCGACGCAAAUAUUUUUCAUGCCCUCGGACAUCAUGGUUGUUGCCGCUAAACUUUAGUUAAGUAAAGAUUUUUUUAAAUUGAAACUUCUUUACCAACGUUGUUACGUGUGCCCAGCGCCACAAUCACUGCAUCUUCGCCUUUUACAGCAUUUCUAACUUGGUCCAAGUUCAAAACGUCUCCUUUAAAAGGCUCAACUUUGUUUUUGAUAUCCUCUGGCAGCUUUUCUGGAUCCCUAACGAACGUUCUUACGUUCAAACCUAAUCGGAAAUAUUUUAAUAAGUAAAUUUAUUGCUCUAGCAAGAUUUUUACCUUGCUUGAUGGCUUCUUUGACCACGUUGAGUCCUGUGUAGCCGGUGGCACCAAAAAUUACGACGUUCUUGAUAGCCAUGCUCACUGCAAUUAUUAGG